CGUGUUCGUGACGGUUGUUAUUAGCAGUGUCGAACGAAACCAUACGGAGACCCGCAAUUUCAUUCGAGAGUAUAAAAGAGUAUGGAAGACUGAUGUAGAUAUAAAGCUUGUCACUUCUGUUCUGCGUAUAUCAGUUCGCAGCUGGCUUUACGAAACGGUGCAGUGAAGUGAGCAUUUAAGUGAAAUAAACGACUAAAGUUGAAAAGGAGCAAGUUACAGAAAUGGCCCAAGAGACACCGACAUGGCUGAAUCUAUGCUUCGUAGAGAAGAUCCUGCGAAAGUCGGAGGGCGACAACUCGAUUCAGGUGAUCGAUAUAUCCUCGAAACCGGCCACCGCUAAGGGUGACAACUACACCAGCGACAUGAUCAGGGUUACUGCCGAAUUUUCGCGUGAGCAAGGCGGCCGUAAGAUUACCGGAAAAAAGUCAAUCAUUGUCAAAGUCUCGCCUACACUCGAAGGUGUUCAAAAGGACCUUGUCGAACAAUCAGGUCUCUUCAACACCGAAAUAUUAAUGAUGUCAGAUACCUUGGAUAAAAUGAAUAAGAUGUUAGCGCCGAAGCAUCGCAUAAGCGCGAAGGGUCUAUACGUACAAAAUGAAAAUCCAACGCUUCUAGUGAUUGAGGAUCUCGCGCCUCUCGGCUUUCGCAUGGCUGAGCGUACGUCUGGUCUUGACCUAGCUCACUGCGUAUUGGCGCUUCGCGGACUAGCCAGGUUUCACGCAGCUUCUGUAGCCUUAUAUGAGAAAGAGCCAAAGGUAAAACAGAUGUAUACGAAAGGAAUGUUUAACGAUGCCUAUCCACCAGAAAUGAAGGACUUUUUCAUUAUGAGUGUUAGAAGUUUAGGAAAUGAGGUAGCAAAGUGGCCAGGAAUGCAAAAAUACGCGGACAAAAUUACUAAAUUGACCGACCACGUAUAUCAAGUAGGAGUGGAUGCAACCAAAUACUGCCAAGAUGAGUUCAGUGUUAUUAAUCAUGGUGAUUACUGGGUAAACAAUAUGUUAUUCAAAUAUGACAACAGUGGUAAACCCAUUGAGCACAUUUGUGUGGAUUUCCAAAUAUGUCUCUACUCAUCGCCGGCAGUCGAUCUUCUCUAUUUUCUCAGUACAAGUCCUUCGAUGGAUGUUAUUGAAAACAAAAGAGGUGAACUAUUAAAUGAAUACCAUGGCAUGCUGUCGGCAACUAUGAAACAACUGGGCUGCAAGUCGCAGCCACCCACCAUAGAGGAGCUGAAAGCUGCCAUAAAACGAAGGGCCGCCUAUGGAAUGAUAGCAUCGUUCACGGUUUUACCAAUAGUGCUGUGCUCCAAGACUAAAGUUAAAGAUAUUAGUGAGAUCAUGGAAGCUGGCAAUUUUGAAAAUCCGGGUCUAAAGGAAGAGAGCUUUAAAAAAGCUAUGAUGAAGAAACUUCCACAAUAUGAUGAAUUGGGUUUACUGGAUCUAUAAUGUUUAAUUUUUUGUGAUGAAAUGUAGAAAAAAAGGUUAAGAAAUAAUAGGUAUGAAAAAGCAAAUAUAUUAAAAUUAAUAACAAUUAAAAGGUUGCACUUUUUCAAAACAAAAACCACCAUUGACAUGAUGAAAGAUGUUUGUAAUUUAGAUCAUUGUAAUUUAAAACAUAAAAAAUUUUAUCUAACAUAAUGCUUUCGUUUUUAACCCGUCAAAAUUUUAGGCUAAACUGCAAACGAUGUAUUAUAUGUAGACACUGGGAUAUAUGUAUAUAGUAUACGUAUAAGUACAGUUAUCUUGUUACGUAGACAACAUCUAUAAUUAUCGAUAUGUUAA